AAAAUAGUACCCACCAUCGACAAGGCGCACGUCGAACAUGGAAUCGGCCCCGACUUCAAAUGCACUGGAGAGUCCAGCAAAUAAUAUCAAACCGAAUGUGGACGAGAACAUCCUCGGCCCAUCGCUCUUGGAUGUGAUGCAGACCACGCGACUGUCGAGCUUGAAGGCCACGUAUUACUCGCGGUCGGCGGUUGUCGCGCGAGUGCACGAAAGCCUCGUGGGCCAAGACUGCUCCAAGCGAGUCCAAGAGUUCUUUGUGUCGACGCUGCAGAAGCUCGAAUGCGACGCGUCCGGCCUCGUACUCGUCCAAGACAGCAGCGUGUGCGUGAUCCUCGAGUCCACGUCCGACCAGUUCACCGACCUGUGCUCCGAGCUACGGUCGUUUUCGGUGCUCACAGACGUCAAGGUCCUUGCCACGUGCGACGACAACGCGACUCGGCUCAUGAAGAGUCUGUACUUUAAGAAACUGUCGAUUGCCAAACCGGUGGACGACGCCGACGAGUUCCAGCUAGCCAAGGACGUCGUGUUCAACUUGGUCACGCUGAUGCGCCGAUUCGGCGCCAUGCCCGCCAGUACCAUCAAGAAGACGUUGGCGGCCCCAAGCAACAGCGACCUCAUGCUCAUGCCGUCGAACGACACGGUCGUGUUCCUCGCCAAACACGAGUCUCUCAUGAGUUUGGACGAGUUCCUCGACAUUUACAAGGCCCCCAUCUCCAUCGAAUUGGAGUCGGAGCGCGUGUGGCCCAUCCAUCCCCUCUUUACGUAUUGAGUCAAUGUAUAUUAUUUUGGGAUUGCUUGAAUGUUGCGGGGGAGUUGCGGGAUGCAGGAUAAAGCAAUAAAGCUACACAACCAAUGC